UCCCUCAUUUCGAAAUUGGACCUCUCUCUUUGCUUCAGAUCAAAUCAAAGUCCGGCUUAGGGUUCCGAUCUCAUGGCUUCCACAGCCGUCGCCGCCCCCCGGUCUUCCAAGACUGAGUCCUACGUCGACAACAAGCGCAAGGAGGACGUCCGCCAGUCCAACAUCCUCGCCGCCCGCACCGUCGCCGACGCCGUCCGCACCUCCCUCGGCCCCAAAGGCAUGGACAAGAUGAUCUCCACCGCCUCCGGCGACGUCAUCAUCACCAACGACGGCGCCACCAUCCUCAACAAGAUGGAGGUCCUCCAGCCCGCCGCCAAGAUGCUCGUCGAGCUCUCCAAGUCCCAGGACUCCGCCGCCGGCGACGGCACCACCACCGUCGUCGUCAUCGCCGGCUCCCUCCUCAAGCAGUGCCUCGUCCUCCUCUCCCACGGCAUCCACCCCACCGUCAUCUCCGACUCCCUCCACAAGGUCGCCGUCAAGGCCGUCGACGUCCUCACCGCCAUGGCCCGCCCGGUCGAGCUCUCCGACCGCGAAUCGCUGGUCAAAUCCGCCAGCACCGCCCUCAACAGCAAGGUCGUAAGCCAGUACUCGACGCUCCUGGCGCCGCUCGCCGUCGACGCCGUGCUCUCUGUGGUGGACCCCGCGAAGCCGGAGAUCGUCGACCUGAGGGACAUCAAGAUCGUGAAGAAGCUCGGCGGAACGGUCGACGAUACGGAGACCGUGAAGGGGCUGGUUUUCGAUAAGAAGACGAGCCACGCAGCCGGCGGCCCGACGAGGAUGGAGAAGGCGAAGAUUGCUGUGAUCCAGUUCCAGAUUUCGCCUCCGAAAACCGAUAUCGAGCAGAGCAUUGUGGUUUCUGACUACACUCAGAUGGAUAGGAUUCUGAAGGAGGAGAGGAACUACAUUCUGAGCAUGAUUAAGAAGAUCAAGUCGACGGGGUGCAAUGUGCUGCUGAUUCAGAAGAGUAUAUUGAGGGAUGCCGUGACUGAUCUGUCGUUGCAUUACUUGGCCAAAGCCAAGAUUUUGGUGAUUAAGGAUGUGGAGAGGGAUGAGAUCGAGUUCAUUACCAAGACUCUCAACUGCUUGCCCAUUGCGAAUAUCGAGCAUUUCCGUGAGGAGAAGCUUGGGUAUGCUGACCUGGUGGAGGAGUCUUCGCUUGGUGACGGCAAGAUUGUGAAGAUCACUGGGAUUCAGAACAUGGGGAGGACUACAUCUGUGCUGGUUCGUGGCUCGAACCAGUUGGUGCUUGAUGAGGCUGAGAGGAGCUUGCACGAUGCUCUGUGUGUGGUUAGGUGUUUGGUGAGCAAGAGGUUUUUGAUUGCUGGUGGUGGUGCCCCGGAGAUUGAGCUCUCCAGGCAGCUGGGUGCUUGGGCCAAGGUGUUGCAGGGGAUGGAGAGUCAUUGUGUCAAGUACUUUGCACAGGCACUUGAGGUUAUUCCCUAUACAUUGGCUGAGAAUGCAGGGUUGAACCCAAUGACCAUUGUCACUGAGCUGAGGAACCGCCACAAUGAUGGCGAGAUCAACACUGGCAUUAAUGUGAGGAAGGGGCAGAUUACCAACAUCUGGGACGAGAAUGUGGUGCAGCCCCUGCUAGUGAGCACAAGUGCUAUCACAUUGGCCACAGAGUGUGUGCGGAUGAUUCUGAAGAUCGAUGACAUAGUAACAGUAAGAUAGUUCUGUUCUUUGAUUGUAGCUUUUAUCAUUUGUGGUUGCCUUCUGUUAUAAAUUUCGGUUCUGGAUUUGGAUUGGAACUCUUGUUAGUGUUUUGUAAGAGAUAUUAUGGGACUUUUGUCCAUUUAUAUGCAUGUUCUUAGUCAGUUUGUGUUGCU